CUCGUCGGCUGUCAUCGCGGCAUUGCAGUCUCAUCGAGCAGCGAGUUGGAUACAACAUCUGAAUCCUGCACCAGGAAUAUAAAUAGGCGGUCUUCGACAGUGCCAAACCAACCGAUCUCUCCUCUCCUACCCUACUAAGCCGCGGGUCUUUAUCCUCUCGGAUAUCGCCAAUGAGCCUGACGAUUCCGAGUCGCUCGUCCGUUACCUGGUUUAUAGCAAUCAGUUCCAGAAUGAGGGCAUCGUGGCCACCACGUCCACCUGGCUGAGGGACCAAGUGCGUCCAGACUUGAUGCUGGACACGAUCGAUGCUUACGCAAAGGUGGUGGAUAAUCUGAACAAUCAUGCUCCUGAAGAUGCCCCGUAUCCGUCGGCAGACUAUCUACGGGGAAUUGUGUCUCAUGGACUUCCAGUCUACGGCAUGAAGGCUCUUCAGAACAACAACACCUAUAGCCCCGGCGCAGAGCUCCUCAUCAAAAGCAUCACCAACACAUCCUCGGACCAGCCCCUCUGGGUCCUUGUGUGGUCUGGCACCAACGUUCUUGCACAAGCUCUUCUAAAUAUCUCUCUCACUCACUCUCCCUCCGAGGCAGCCGCUCUUCGUGCCAAUCUCCGAGUCUAUACCAUCUCGGAUCAAGAUGACACCGGUCCGUGGAUCCGCCACAACUGGCCCGACAUCCACUAUAUCUCCUCGGUGCACGGAUUCGAUCAGUAUGCAGGGGCGACCUGGCCGGGCAUCUCCGGCGAACUAGGCUACGACUUUGACAAGGGCGGUCCAGAUUCCUCCCUUGUGUCGCAUGAAUGGCUGAAAAAGAACAUCCGAAUCGGCACGCUGGGUGCCAAGUACCCCGAUUUCGAAUACAUCAUGGAGGGAGAUAGCCCGACGCUUUUGUAUGUCAUCCAAAACGGACUGGGCGAUCGAGAGCACCCUCGGUAUGGCAGCUGGGGAGGACGAUACUCGGCUGUUUGUGACACCUGCGACUGGGACAACCACUACAGCGACGCGGAGGACCAGGUCGUCGGCAUGAACAAUCAGACGUUCAAGUCGAACAAAGCGACGAUCUGGCGCUGGCGAGCGGCGUACCAGAACGAUUUUGCAGCGCGAAUGCAAUGGACGUUGUCCGCGUCGGAGACGAACAAGACUUGGAAUCAUAACCCGGUGGUGAUUGUGAAUGGGACGGGCGGGUUGGACCCUGUGUCCGUCCACGCCUCUGUUGGGGAGAGGGUGGCUUUCGACGUGGCUGAGACAUAUGAUCCGGAUGGCGAUAGUUUGUCCUUCCACUGGUUCCAAUAUCUCGAGCCGUCCACGGAUAACGCGUCGGCGGAGGGCACUGUGGGGGAACUGAACAUCACAACCACUGCUGGAGGGAGGAUGGCGUCGGUAGAGGUUCCUUCUGCGGAGGACACCUGCGAUGAGGAGGGCUGUCAGUUAUUGCAUUUGAUCCUGCAAGUAGAGGACACGGGCAGUCCGCCGUUGACCACGUACCGGCGGAUGCUGAUCCAAGUGUCGAACACCACCGCACUUUAAUAGCGAC